UAGGCCAUGAUGCCGCAGCAGGGCACAGAGCGCCUGGAGAACAUGCUCACUCAACCUGCACUGUGUGGGGUAAUGAAUCCAGUGUGCCCUACUACAGAGAGAGCAGGGCAGGAGGAGAGCUGGCCAAGCUGGAUACACUGUUCAGGGAGAUUUCGGUCUGUGCUGUAAGCAGUAGCCUACCCAUUCCUACCUGCCCCGGGGUAUCUCCAUCGCCCACGGAAGUCACCGUCCCUGUCACCCUCGCAGUGCUCACAGCUUUGGCCCUGAUGCCUCCAUCAGCACCUUCCCAGCUCCACUUGCUCGUCACAAAGGAAGGCGGAAACCAGAGACCUGUGUGAUGUCAUACUGGCCAGUCACCGAUUGGACGGAGGCCCUGGACUUGGUUUAUGGUGUCACGAGUAGUGAGGCGUGUCGUAGCUGCAGGUGCCUGAUGCUCCGGUGGAAGAUGCGGCUGCUCCCCCUCCUCCUGUUCCACACCCUGGUUUGGCCCAUGCACAGCACGAAGGGCAGCUGCGAUGCAGCCUGUGGGCGCCGGCCCCUGGCGUCUGGCUACGGUGGGAUGCGGAUCGUGGGUGGCGUAGAUGCUCUGCCGGGGGCCUGGCCCUGGCUCGUCAGCAUCCAGAUCCCCACCCGAAUGGGCCCCCGGCAUUCCUGUGGCGGGUCCCUCAUCAGCCCCCGCUGGGUCCUCACAGCCGCUCACUGCUUCAAAGCCAAGAGAAGGCUACUCCCGCAGUGGCGUGUUGUGGUCGGUGCGUCCCAGCUAUCCCAGCGUGGCCCCGAGGCCCAGGUGCGCUCCAUCAAACAGGUGGUGCUGCACGAGCGCUACGAGCCGCGCAUGGAGAGCAAUGACAUCGCUCUGCUGGAGCUCGAGCAGCCGAUCGAGUGCAAUGACUACGCACAGCCCGCCUGCCUGCCCAGUGCCAUGGUGGAGGUGUCGAACCUGUCCCACUGCUACAUCAGCGGCUGGGGAAGCUGUGCAGUAAAUAUUCUUCAUGUCCCUGCAGCCCUGGAAACAGCCGACAUCCUGCAGGAGGCCAAGGUGCAUCUCAUUGACAUCACGACCUGUAACAGCAGCCGCUGGUACAACGGGGCCAUCGCCAGCAACAACCUGUGUGCAGGGUACGAGCAAGGAGGCAUCGACAGCUGCCAGGGCGACAGCGGUGGCCCCCUCAUGUGCACAAAGGAAAGGUCAAAGCGCUUCUGGGUUAUUGGAGUCACCAGCUGGGGGCUGGGCUGCGCCAAGGCACAGAGGCCAGGGGUCUACAGCUCCACUCAGCACUUUCAUGACUGGAUCUUGGGGAAAGUCAGGCCCAGGCCCAGAACAAGGACAGGCCCCUGCCCGUCAGCCCAGAGCAGUCUGUCUGACUUCUUCAGGAAGCUCAACGAGUUCCUACAGGGCCUGAAGGGAAAGGGGACUUGAGAAGGGAGGGGAGCAGAGCACAGCGGAGGCUGAGAUGGACAGUGGCCAUUUCUGACGCUUUGCCCACUGCUCUAGAGGACUCUGUAC